GAUCUGGUGCGAUUUAAGAAAACCCAAGUGUUGGAACUACCAAAUUCACAUGGGUAUAUUGUUUAAAGUCGAGCGUAAUCAUUAUCAUUGGUGGGAAUUCAAAGGCUAAAAACAGGUCAGGCCGACCGUUAUAACCGGCAAAUUUCCCUCUAACUACUGGCGAACCCAAAACUUGCAAACCCUCUUCAUCUUCCUUCGGCUUCUCCAUUUCAUUUCUCUCCCUAAUCUAUUUAUCCAGGGGGAAUAAGUUUUUGGAGAAAUGGGGAAACGGAACAAGGAAGGUGAUAAAAUAGAGAGGACAAUUCGUGCUCUUCUCAAAAUCCCGGAGAAUAAAAGAUGCAUCAACUGCAAUAGUUUGGGACCACAAUACGUUUGCACAACCUUCUUGACUUUUAUUUGCACCAACUGUAGCGGAAUACAUAGGGAAUUCACACAUCGAGUGAAAUCAGUAUCCAUAGCUAGGUUUACUGCAGAAGAAGUAACUGCUCUUCAAACAGGAGGAAAUGAGCGAGCAAGGGAAAUUUAUUUCAAGAAUUGGGACGUGCAACGAAAUUCUUUACCUGAUGGCAGUAAUCUUCAAGGACUCCGAGACUUCAUCAGGAAUGUUUAUGUGGAUAGAAAAUACACCGGUGAGAGGACUGACAAGCUUCCAAUGCUCAGAUUGGCUAAGAGUGAGGAUUUCAGUGGAAGCAGGAAGCUUGGUUCAUAUUUUGACGCUAAAAGCCCAAGUUAUGAAGAUAGAUAUGAACAGAAAAAUUGCAGUCCUACUGGGAGAAGCGAUGAAAGAACUUUCAAGUGUUAUUUUGAUGAGAGAAGUAACAAAGAUGCCCAAGAAAAUUCAAGAUAUGGAGGUUCACGGAGAAACCCCGUCCGCUUUGAGAUUGUAGAUAACAGAAUUCGUGAUACUGGAUCUGGAAGUAGUAGAAGGCAUGAGAGCCUCGGCUUUCCAGAUAGAGAAUGCAAGUCGGAAAUUUGGUCACCAAAGCUUCAAAAGAACAUUGACAGCUCUAAACCUCCAACAGUACAGCCUGUUAGAGAUAUUUUAGGGAAGAAUGUUCCUGGUCUCCAUGUUGGUGAAAAUUCAGAAAUGAAUACUAGGAAAAAUGAAGGUGGUUCAGAUGACAAUAAGAACAUCACAUCAUCUGGUAGCCAAAAAUCUGUUGAUAGAAAUAUUUUGGAGCAUAAGAAAGGGAACUUGGAAAGCUUGAUUGAUUUUGAUUUAGAUUCAGAGCCCUCUAAUGCAGUAGCAAUGCUUAAUGCAGAGCAGAUGCCUGCUGCAUCCAUUGAAGGUGGCAACCAGCUUUCAUGUGAACUUUCUUUAAAGGAGAAAACAGCUCAGGCCUCAAAUGCAAAUACUUUGGAAUUUUUGCUGUUUGACUUGUCAACGCCAGCACCUUCAGGUGUAACUGUUGAUAAUAUGUCUGCAGCACUGGGCACUUUUUUUGAUGCCCCACAGAAUGCAUCUGAAGAAAAUGUGCCCCUAGCUGGUGUUUCAGCAGCUGGUUCUGCAGAAAAGCUCUUGCUGUUGACCAAUGAUUUUGGUUCUUCAACAACAGAACCUAUUACCAAUCUCCACGUGAAACCUUCUGUAGGUCCUCCUCAGGCUGUGAAUGAUAAAAGUGGUGGCUACAAUAAUAAAGUUCCUGAUGGACCACAAUUACUCACAAUGUAUCACGAUCAGCCUUCUGCAUUUCAUGCAUCCUAUGGUAGCUCCAGUGCACAAGGUACUACAGCAGACACAGCUUUGAAUAACCAGCCUUAUACUUCAUCACUCAGGGAUGGCACUCAAGGGCCUUUCAAUGUUUCUUCUGACCAAUCAAUUCAAGUCAUCUCUAGAUCAACCAGAGACACAAAUUGUGGAAUUAGAAUCCAGACUCUUUCAGCAGAAUCAGAGUCUAGUGGAAGGAAGGAACUUCCUGCGGACUUCUUUAGUGCAAGUCAUUCAUCAGUCCCUGCAGCAGUUCCAGGUUGGCAAACAAGUCUACCUCAUGGCAUGCAGUAUUACCCAAGGGCAAUGCAUGUGUCAGGAUUUCCAAACACAGUAAAACCGACAAACCCAUUUGAUUUUAACAGUGAAACAGCUGCAACACAAGUCCCCUCGUUUCCUUCCAUGACAUCCUUGCAAGGAGCAAUCCCAAAUGUGUCGGCCCCCACACACCUGUUGCAUGCAUCCAGCUUUGGUGCCCAUCAUCCAGGAUUGAUGACAUCUCAUUCACCAUCUUAUAACCCUAUGAUGUCUCCCCAGUCUUCUUUUGGUACAUACACGGUAGAGCAAUCACAUAGUGUUUCGCCAAGACAAGAAGGAACUCAUGGCUUCGCUGGUGCAGGAGCUAUUUCCGGUUCCUUAAUCACAAUGCCUAGGCCUACAGAUGGAUACUCAGCAGCUACUCCAAAUUAUUUUCAUACAUUGGGAGGAAAUCCAUUUGGAUAGAUGGGAUAACAGAAGUUGUUGUUUCAAUGUUUGCUGCAACCUUGGCCAAGAGGAGAAUUACAUAAUUAUAGAUCAAGAGGAAGCCUUUGAGAACAGUAUAUUCUAGACUCUACAUAAGAAGUAUUCUAGACCUGGUUAUUGUUAAUACAAGUACAUUACCUAG